CAGUAUUUGUACUCGAUUACUUGGUUAUAUGUGUUGUGUAUUAUACCUAUACUUUAGUUAGAGUCUUAGUUUCAUAUAUCAGUAUAUAUUAAAUCAUACAGUAUUUAGUAAUAAAAUAUUGUUUUUGGUUUGAAUUUUUGUGCGCGACCGUGAAGUUACACGUUUAUAAAAGAUACAUCGUGAAAAAUUGUACCAUUCCCUACAAAUUACAAUGAGUGCGAAAAAAUGUGCUAGGUGUGAGAAAACUGUCUACCCUCUUGAAGAGUUAAAAUGUCUUGACAAGAUUUGGCACAAAGGAUGCUUUAAAUGCCAAGAAUGUGGAAUGACUCUUAAUAUGAAAACAUACAAAGGAUUUAACAAACUUCCUUAUUGUAAUGUUCACUGUCCUCAAGCAAAGCAUACCGCUGUAGCUGAUACUCCAGAAAUAAGACGGCUUGCAGAGAAUACAAAGAUUCAGAGUAAUAUUAAGUAUCAUGAAGAAUUUGAAAAGCAGAAAGGAAAGUUCACGCAAGUGGCUGACGAUCCUGAAACUCUUCGAAUCCGUAAUACUCACAAAAUUAUCAGCAAUGUAGCUUAUCAUGGAGAACUCAUGAAAAAGGAAGAAAUGGAACAAAAACGCCACUUGGUGCCCGAAAAAAAUGGUGCUCCUCCAGUCUCAAGUGCCCUUCCUCCAGAGAGAAGCCAGCCACCACUUCCACGAAAUGUGGCCCAUGAAACCUCUAUAAAACGAGAAGUCAAAGAUUCCCCAUACUCUUCCAAACUUCAGUCAACUGUUAUCUAUACUUCAGAAGAAGGUCCAGUACAGUGUGUACCUUCACGGAAGAUUGGAUCAAUUGCUGACUAUGAUCCUCUGAAUGAAAACUAUGAUUCUGGAGCUUCAGGCUUCCGGUCAAACACAACCAAUUAUUCUGGUGGUGCCCCACCUUCACAAAAGUCGCUUGGGUGGUCUUUCCGAGCCAUAUAUGAUUACACGGCAUCAGAUGUUGAUGAAGUUACGUUUAUGGAUGGAGACCUAAUUGUCAACUGUACUCCCAUUGAUGAAGGAUGGAUGACGGGUACAGUGGAACGUACAGGACAGACUGGCAUGCUCCCAGCAAACUAUGUUGAGCUUGUAAACUAAUAAACCUGCACUUAAUUAAUCUCUAUAUGCCAGCUCCCUCAAACCCAUCAUUACUUGUCAUUUUACAUUCUUGUUACUAUAAUAACAUGGAUCUAAAUUAGUAUCUUGUGGAUGGAAGAUAACGAUGAAAUAUAUCAAAACUGUUAUUGUUAUAAAUGAUCUUUUAAGAAUGUUGUUUAUGCAAUUGCUUUAAAACUUCAAAUUUUGAUAUAUAAAUAAUUAAAAUCACUUGUAAUGAAAAAUACACUUUUUUUAUAUGAAUCUCAAAGGAAAGCCAUAGAUUCUCUAAUUCUGAUAAGUGCUACUGUAAACAGGUCAUUUUUAUUGUGAGAAGAAUUUUGUGUUAAAACUUUUUUAUUCAAAAAAGAUAUCUUGCAUUAAAUACAGGAGUUUAAAUAUGUUUUUUUUGGCAGCAGAUGUCAGUGACAUUUGAUAUAUGUAUAAAAAUAAGCACAACAUUUCUAUUAAAAUAUCAAAAUGGUAUUUUAACCCUAAAUGAAUGAUGACAAUUAUUUUGAACUUGUUUACACUAGAAUUCAUUUAUAUAUAUAUAUAGUUUAAAAAAAAAAACAGUUUUCUUCUUUUGAUGUUAGAACUUGUUAAACUAUAUAAUCGUGGUCCUACUUAGAAAGCAAUUUAAGCUAUGGCUCAAAAAAAUGUAAAGCAAAGCAACUGAGCCUAUUUAAUUUACUCUCGCUUUUGAACUGGUGAGAUUGACAAUUAAAACUGGAAGACAAAGACACACCUAUUAUUUUGUUUAUAGGUUUAUUACUUAUUCUCUCGAGAUUAAUGUUCCGUUAUCUUUUGCUAAGUCUUAUACAAUACAGAUUGUAAACAUUGUUGAUAUGAAUAGAUAAAUUAUGUUUAGUUAUUUUCUAUGCUUUAUUUUUUGUUCAAAAGUGUGUGUGUGUGUAUAUAUAUAUAUACAACCGAAGGGAAGAUCUAGCAAAGAACAUGAAUUAAGUGUGAUGUUACUUAUUAAUUGCUAGUACAUGACAUUUCUGAGAAAAGCAAUAAUUAUAAAUAUGCACCAAUUAAAAAAAAUCCUACACUUAUUUUUGCUCUCAUUUUUUGUGAACUAUAUGUAUGAUUAAGUUUUUUUUAAAUCUAUUAUAAUACUGUUAAUUUGUAAAGUUUCGCUGUGCUAUUGUUUCAUUUGUGGAAAUCAAACUUAAGAUUGACUAAAUAUAUUUCUACUAAUUACUUUAUGUUUUCCUUAGAUUCAUGUGUACUAAAAAUUUUAAUUGGGGAUGUACGAGUUCCCAAACUAAGUUGGUUAUAUUAAAAUCUACUUGGUUGUGUAGUUUAAUUCUUUGCAUGUAAUGUAACGUAUUUUGUUAUCAGUUUAUUUAGAAUAAAAAAUAAAAGGCUUCUUUUGA